UUUUGUCGUCUUGUUCAAUUUUCAUUCAUCAACUUGGAUAUAGAAAUUUUAAAAUGGGUCUGCGUUAUUCAUAACGGCUUAAAAUUGCGCUGAAUCCAUUUACGAUUGUAGUAUCGAUUGGGUUAUUGGUGAAUUCAGCAGUUUCAAAGUGAAGUGCCAUGGAUGCUAAAGCGGUUCAAAGCUUGCAAUUUUCAACUAUGGUGUAUUGCGAGAAGCUUGGAAGAACAGGACCAAGUGGUUCUCUGAGAAUGUCUGGGAGUUUUAUGGAGCCGAAGAAGCUUCAGGUUUUUGUUUCGGGAAGGUUGCAGCCCGCAAAACCUUCAAAGAUGAGUCGGCGCAGGAUGUUCCCUUUGGAGGUUGCAUGUUCGGCUAACAAUGUUCCAGCGUCAAUAAUGGAAUCUGGAAGCUUUCAUGCUCCUCUUGAUGAAGAGUUGACUUUGAAGAGUAAAUCACAAGAGAUCGAGCCAUAUUUAAAUGGACGCUGUAUAUACCUUGUUGGAAUGAUGGGCUCUGGGAAGACAACUGUGGGCAAGAUUUUGUCACAAGUGCUUUGUUAUUCGUUUUAUGACAGUGAUGCAUUGGUGGAGGAGGAGGUUGAUGGAACAUCGGUAGCUGAUAUAUUCAAGCACUAUGGAGAGUAUUUUUUCCGUAAUAAGGAGACUGAGGUAUUGCAUAAGACGUCAAUGAUGCAUAGACAUGUUAUUUCUACUGGUGGAGGUGCUGUUGUGAGGCCCAUCAAUUGGAAAUAUAUGCACCAGGGGAUUAGCGUUUGGCUGGAUGUACCUGUAGAAGCCUUGGCUCGGAGAAUAACAGCUGUAGGAACAAUUUCUCGCCCACUUCUACAUUAUGAAGCAGGAGAUGCAUACACCAAGACUUUCAUGCGUUUGUCAGCUCUUUUUGAAGAAAGAAGCGAAGCAUAUGCAAAUGCCAAUGCCAGGGUCUCCUUGGAAAAUAUAGCAGCAAAACUGGGUCGAAGAGAUGUGUCGAAUGUAUCUCCAAUUGCUAUUGCAUUGGAGGCGCUAGAACAAAUCAAAGGCUUUUUAAAGGGUGAAGAUGGCUGUUAAGCAAGAUGCUAGCACAAACUUCGACACAAGCAUGUUUUUUAAUUUUUUAUAUUUUCUCUUUAGAUUACAGUUAGAGCAUGGCAGUGUGCUGUAUCGUUUUGUUUGGAAAAUAAAUUAUGUAAUGCAACAUCAACAGGGCUCAUAUUUAAUGUUUAUACGUAAUUUAUUUGCUUUUUUGUAUAUAUACUGGUAGAUCCGAUGUUUGUUGUAAUCCGAAUUCGAUUAAGUAGGCCUUCUUGUCUGUUUGU